UAGCUCCAGCUAACACUGUUAGCUAAAGUCAGAACCACUGCAGCUGAAGUCAACACUUCCGGAGAGAAAAUGAUCAACUACAAGGCUUUGGACAAUGUCCCCAUGCUCCUGUACAUCCUGGCCCUUAAGACACUGUUGCUGUGUUUGGCGUUCGCCGGGGUGAAGAUCUACCAGGGCAAGAAAAUCGAGGCGGCCCUUAAAAGGGAACAGGCAGAGAAGAUGAGGCUGGCCCAACAGACGCAAAGGCUUAUUGACGGCUUGAAGGAAGACUGAGCAGAGGAGGGAAGCUGCCGAACACAGGGAAACAUUUUACCAACCAGAGUAUCCAAUCACCAAAAUGAGCCAGACAUCUGACUGUCGGCAGUAGGGAGGGCGUUUCUGUCCUCCCGGAUGUUGUUCGAGGUUUGAGUACCGGGACAGAUCACCACGUCAGUUUUAUAUAAUACCUUGUUUUAAUAAGAUAACGUUACUGUGGAAUCUGAAAUGAGAUGGAGAGGAGACUUUUAUUUAUUUAUUUAUUUUCAGUGAACAUCACCCCAGUAAAAGAAAAACACAAGCAUCAGCAUCAACUUGUCAUUUACUCCAGAUUCAGACUCAGUUUCACCAAACAUCAUCUCCUCUUCUUGUACGAAGGUGUUUGCGGUGGCUGCGGCUGGAAAGGGUGAUGCGUUCUUCGACAAAGCCAAGACUCAGACAGGGCUCAGCAGUGCAGGUCUACAGAGCAGUUUGUGAUUGGACUGCCAUCAAGUGAAUGUGUGGUCUAUGAAAUCAUAAAUGAAGGGGUUAAACAUUCAAUGCACUGAUGGGAAAGACUCAAAGCUGAAGUUAGCUGGUCGCCAAGCUUUGUAAAAAUACCUGCCAUCAUUCUGCACUAUGGCAUUUACCUUGCUAGAACACACAUUAGGCAUUUCUUUGUUGUGUGUGUGUGUGUAUAAGGGAUGUUGCCAUACGAUAGUCAUACAUUUUAUAAAUUGAUUAUUGAUAUCAUGUUAGAAAUACACAUUUGUAGUAGGUGUUGGUAUUUCAUGUGUAAUUUAUUUGUAAAAAAAGACAAAUGCACAAUAAACAAUGUUAAAUACAUGAAAUUGACUGUUAGCUGUUAUAACCUCAGAGCCGCCCUCCUAUCUAUACAAGCUAGUUUGUCCUAUCUAUUUUAAUAAGUUACUUGCCUUUUUAUAUUUGCACAUGGAGCUGGGAGAAAAGCAAUUUCGUUACGCUGCUAACUUUUCAUUGUUUGGUCUGAAAGACAAUAAAGUUCACUUGACUUUGA